CGUAGCUUCAAGCUAAGCCUUCAAACCCUCCAUCCCAAUCUCAUCUUACUGUCUCUUCUGACCUAAAACAAACAAAUGGCCAAGAUCACAGCCUUGUUCUUCACAGCUCUGUUUCUCUCCUCCAUGCUAGCCCACGCCGCUCGCCCUGUGCCAGGUUUUAACGAGGAACUUUCGGGAAAUACUCAACAUUCGCUUGCGGACGCAAUCGCAGAGCAUGAUGAAACUAUCAUGGACAACUGUGAAGGCGUUUCAGAGGAUGAAUGCUUGAUGAGGAGGACACUCGCUGCUCACCUUGACUAUAUCUACACCCAGAAGCACAAACCUUGAAACAUUUUCUCUAAUACUAUAUGUAGAAGCAUAUGCCGCAACAAAAUUCCUAAAUCCUAAUUUUAUACGUUAGAUGCUGGUUUCUUCCGGUCCUGACCUCAAGUUUUUAUUUUCCCCUCUUUUUUACUAUGAAACUCUCAUCAUGUAUUAAAUAUUUAGUAUAAAGUACAUUAUAAUGAAGUUAAGUUGAUAAUAUGUGUCAA